AUGGCUGAAGACCUUAAUCAUUUUGCUAAAUAUCAAACCUUUUCUUCUUAUUCAACAAUAUAUAACGAGAUUGACACUCCUUCCAAAAUUUAGACUUUGAGAAGAAACCCAUUAGAAUAUUACACAAAGAGAGGUUUGGAUCCACCAAAAACAGGUUAUGGUGAUCCAGCAAAGAUCCUUGAACCUUAAGAACCUUAAAAAUAGGAAUAAUCAAAAGAAACAGCUUCUGUAGGAACGGUUCAUCACUUUGCAAAUGAAAUAAAUCGAUUAUGUAUAGAAGUUGGCCAAAUAAUAUUGAAACCCCAAGCAAUCAAAGAUCAGCUCAACCAUAAAAAGAAAAAAUCAGAGGAAUAAUUCUAAAACCUUCCCUCAAGCGACAUCAAAAUAUCAUCACUUAAGUAAAUUAGUUCAUUUAAUGAUCUCAAUCCAUAAAUUCAAUAGCAGAACCCCUAACAAAUGAUUUAACAUUAACAAUAAGAUUUGCCAGGUGAUGAUUAAUCAGUUAAAACUAAUGGUUUGAAGCAAGAGCUCAAAAUGGUAUUAACACCAUAAAAUGAAUAAAUAGAUUCGUUACAACAAUAGAUGUAAAUUUCUUAACAAAGAGAUGAAUCCCUAUAUCAUGGUCAAAAGAAAACAGUUCAACAGUUAUACCAAAGAAGUAAUAAGUCAGUUUUUUCUGUUGAGGAAUAGUCGAGGAGAAUGAAACUCAAUCAGAAACCUUAUGUGAGUUCUCUUACUGAAUUGGCACAACACUAAGACUAGGAAAUUUAGAAGGCAAUUAAAAUUUUGUAAGGUGGAGUUAAAAAAUCUUGA